AUGGAGAAGAAGAAGACAUCGGUGCAUCUGCCUCAUGAUUUGAUAAUCCUAAUCUUGUUGAGGUUGCCGGUGAAGUAUCUUAUACGUUUCAAGUGUGUUUGUAAAUCAUGGUUUUCUCUUGUCUCUGAUCCCCGCUUUGCAAAUUCACAAUUUCAAUUCACCACUGCAACACAUACUCGUAGAAUUAUAGGCUUAUCAUCUUUAUCUCAUGAAAUUCGAUCUAUAGAUGUUGAUGCAUGGCUUAAUGAUGAUCUUCCUUCACCGAACCUUAAUUUCUUGCUUCCUAAAUCUUAUUUUCCUUUUGAAAUUAUAGGGUCAUGUGGAGGGUUUUUAUUUUUAUACCGUUUUCCAGACAUUUACCUGUGGAAUCCAUCUACUGGAUUUAAGAAACAAAUACCCGUGUCUUCUUUUGAUUCCAACAAACCAUAUGAUAAUUUAUAUGGUUUUGGUUAUGACCAGUCAAGAGAUGAGUACGUGCUGGUUGUAUUUUCCCAUGUUUCAUCACAUUUGGAGGUUUUCUCGUUUCCAGAUAAUACCUGGAAAGAAAUUGACGGUACUAACUUUGAUUACGCUGUCGAUCCUUCUCAUAUAAAAGGGUUGCUAUUUAAUGGGGCUAUUCAUUGGCUGGCUUGGAGUCGUGAUUUAGAUUUGAAUGUUAUUAUUGUGUUUGAUUUAAUUAAAAGGAAACUGAUUGAAAUACCUCUUCAAAAUGAUUUUGGCGGACUUACUUUAGAUGCUGAUUCUGGUUUGUGGGUAUUUUGCGAAACUCUGAGCAUAUGGAUUCUAACUUCUGAUGGUGAAAGAAUUGAAAUAUGGGUGUUGAAAGAUUACAAAGUGCAUUCGUCUUGGAAUAAAACUCUUGUUCUUUCUGUUGAUUUCAUUCCAGAUAACUUGAACGUUUCCCCUAUGUACUCCACAAAAAAUGGUGAAAUUAUUAUUGUAACAACUGAUGGUUCUAUAUUGGUGAAGUACAAUAGUAAAGGGCAGCUGUUAAAGCAUCAAUCAUUCUGUAACAGUCCAUCCAAAGUUGUCAUGUAUACCGAGUCUCUGCUUUCACUCCCUGGGGACAAUGAGUAA